GGGGCGGGGCGGGCUGCGGGAACACGGAAGUGGCAUGGCUUCAGGUGAUGUCCACGGAGAUUCCAGAUGCCGGCACCGUGGGCUUCCCUGCUGCUUCAGCCCCUGACAGGGACUGGUAGAGGAACCAUCCGGAGCGCCCUGUUAGAACACCAGAGCUCAGGAAGGUGUUUAAAAAGAGGGAUGGAGUGACUAAGAGAGGACUCUCCUGGUGUUAGCCCGGCGUGGUGGCUCCGGCUGUCACCCCAGAACUUGGGAGGCUGAAUUCGAGACCAAAACCACGGAUGGAAAGGAUCAACCCUGGUGGUACGGGUCCGGUGCACGUGCCACUGGGACAUAUUGUGGCUAAUGAGAAAUGGCGCGGGUCCCAGCUGGCUCAGGGGAUGCAAGGAAAAGUUAAACUCAUAUUUGAGGAGGAUCUGGCAUCGGCAGAUUUUUACCUGUCCAGCAGAUCUUGCAUUCUCUAUAUCACUGAGGCGGAUUUGGUGGCUGGACAUGGCUACAGAAAGAGACUUGUUCGUGUUAGAAAUUCUGGACAUCUUCAAGGGAUUAUAAUAGUUGAAAAAACACAGACAAGUGAACAGUACUUCCCAGCAGUCCAGAAGUUCACUGUGCUCGACCUUGGGAUGGUUUUGCUCCCAGUGGCCAACCAGUUGGAAGCAUCCUGCCUCAUUAUCCAGUUGGUUCAAGAGCAGACCAGGGAGCCCAGCAGGAACCCUUUCCUCAGGAAGAAGCGGUGUGUGCUCUCAGAGCUGUCCCUUGUUCAGACUGUGCAGCAGAUCCCAGGGGUUGGAAAAGUUAAGGCUCCUCUUCUGCUCCAGAAGUUUCCAACCAUCCAGCAACUGAGUAACGCUUCCGUCCAAGAACUCGAGGAGGUGGUGGGACACUCGGUGGCGCAGCAAAUCCACACCUUCUUCACCCAGUCUAGGUGACAGCAGCCCCGCAGCUAACUUCUUCCUCCUUCAGACUACAAACUACAGAGUCUGGUUUUCGUAUUUAGAAAGGAAGAAAAGUGUUCUGUUCUCAGUGGCGAAGAGCGAAAGACGAAGCGAGGACUGAUGGAACUCACCAGUCCCCUUGUUGUCCGUCCGGAUCUUUAUGGGUGGCACUGCCCACUUUCUGCUAAGAUGAAAAGGAUCCUGUGGGGAUCAUCCAAGAGCACCAGAGACUCAUUCUCAGCAGACUUGUAUGGGCACCUUCCCUUGCGUCUGCCACUGAGAGGUCCUGGGAGGCUCCUCUGAGGUCCUGGGAGGUCCUGGGAGGUUCCUCUGAGGUCCUGGGAGGUCCUGGGAGGUUCCUCUGAGGUCCUGGGAGGUCCUGGGAGGUUCCAGGCACUGGCUGUGAGGGCCCGGCACUGUGGAGGGAGUGCCCUGUGCGCAGGGUCAGGUCUGUGCACACAGUGGGUACCUGUGUCCUGUAGCUGCUGCUCCCCUUCAAUCCCCUUCCUCCCUCUCCACACAAGACACGUUUUGUGCCUGAGAUGAACAACAGCUCAGAAGAAGCAAUUAAAAUGAAAUAAAAGCAGAGAAAAAUAUUAAACAAUGAA